AUGGAGGUGAUCCACGAAAUUUCCGAUCUAAAUGCCCAGGUUAACGAUCUUCGCGGCAAAUUUGUCAAACCAACAUUGAAGAAAGUUUCAAAGUACGAGAACAAGUUUGCCAAGCUUCAAAAGAAGGCAGCUGAAUUCAACUUCCGAAACCAACUUAAAGUUGUCAAGAAAAAGGAGUUCACAUUGGAGGAAGAGGACAAAGAGGCGAAGAAAUCGGAAAAAGCCGACUGGCAGAAGAAAUAGGUGCAGCUGACUGCGAAUCCAAGAUUUCGACGAAUUUUGCAGCAUGAAGCCAUCCUUACUCUUUUGUCAUGUUAACUAAACACUACAAAGUUGUAAAGCAAAAUACAAUACUAUGAUGAAAUUUAUGUGUUUUGUAGUAUAAAAAUGAAUUUAUUUUUAUCACAA